GGAUAACCCAGUACUCUACCAGUGGAUAAGUUUACUCUCACAACAACAAAGAUACACAUAGGAAAAGCUCAGAGCGAGAGGAAAAUGGAGAAGUAUUUCGGGAACGCGUACAGAGGAGACCCAGGAGUGCCACACGCCGACCCGGACCGAUUCGUCAACAUUUGGAUCGGCUCUGCUGCCUUCUCUGUUCUCACCUGGUUCAACCCUUACAUGUGGCACCUCACCAAUCAGUUCAAUUGGCAUGACAGAGCUAUGUUAUUUGAGCAGUACCACUGGAAAAAGGCAAUGGAGAAGAAGCAGCCUUAUGACUUCUUGUGGAAUCAGCGCAUGGACAAGGACCACCGUGAUUCAUAUUAUUUUAAUUGGCCUGUUUACUUCCCUUAGGCUCUUCUUCUACAUAAGCAUACUUGUGCUCUUUUGUAAUAAAUGUUGAGAAUGAGACUCAUGUAGCCUGGAUUGCCCCACCCUUUUCUUCCCAUGGAUUCAAAGACUCAAACUAAUAGCAGUAUUUCUGGUUUUUAAUUUUAUCGCUUCAUUUGAUUCUA